AUGCCUUUCUACCCCCAAGGCUGGACCCAUGACAGGCUCCUCAAUGCCAGCGGAGAAGAUCUUAUGGCCCUCUCAGAAACCCAACGCACCACUCUCUUCGACGGUCUGAAAGCCACUCACGGCGAAGAUGGUUUUCGCGAAGUCAUGCAGGAAAUGAGUCGCCGCUACCGGGCCCGAGUUGAGGCCGCCAAGUCAGAGGAAACCAAACAGCAAGAGCGGGAGCUCCUCGCCCCCUUUGUCCAAACCCUGAAUUAUGUCUUCCGAACCCCAGAGACUGAGGAAUGGGGGAAAUGGGGAUUUGUGGUGUUUCGCACUACUCCCUAUGGGGGUGAGCAUGAGAUUCAGUGGGCGGAGUUUCGAAGACGAUGGGAUGCGGUUAUCGAGGAGGGGUUGGCUCCGCAUCGGGGCUUGUUGGCGAAGGUAGACCAGGCGAUUGAUUUGUUGGAGUUUCAGUGGGUGGAACAGCCCGGAUUGGAGGGCAUAGAUGCAGCGGAGGUGGCAAGACGCUUCAAUGGAAUGGCCCUACCACAGGGACUCGCCACUUCCGCUUGUCUGAUGGUAACAACAGCUUCUAUGGAGUCUGUUCUCUCCUCACCACUUCCUUCUUCCGCGCCGCGCCGUAAACGCCAAAAGAUUCCCUUUGUUGUUUCGGUAUCCCAGGGAACGAGUGCCCCGCGUCUUCCACCUUUGCUAGGCCUAGGUGAUGAGGAUGUGGCCGGGACUGAAUUCAAGGGGUAUCUUAAUGUGGCUGUGGAGACUGCCUUGCAAGAGUUUUACCCGAUUGUCGCGUUGCAGAUGAUGGAUCUGCAUACACUGACGACGAAAUUCCGUCAUGAGAAUGAUAUCUGGUGUUCGAGUGAUCGGUGGGGGGUGCACCAUUAUGAGGAAUUGUAA